UGGACGACCCCAAUGGCCGUGAGGAUCUUGGUAGUCUUGCUUAUCUGUCUGUUCGUGGGACUAACGGCACAUGGGAAGGAAGCCCUGCCGGUUGUGCCGGGGAUCAUGUUCUUCGGCGACUCGUUGCUCAGCAUAGGUAGCAAUAAUUAUAUAAAAACCGUGGUGAAAGCAAACGUGGCUCCCUACGGCAGGGACUUCAAAGACCAUGUGGCUACAGGGAGGUUUAGCAAUGGAAAAGUUCUUAGCGAUUUCAUAGGCGAAAAGCUAGGGUUUGAUGGGUCUCCUCCUGCAUACCUCAGCCCGGAGGCAUCUCGACUGAAUCUUUUGAUUGGAGCCAACUUUGCAUCAGCUGGAUCGGGCUACUACGAUGACACAGCACGUAUAUAUCAUGUCACCCCUUUGUCCCAACAACUGGACUACUUCAAAGAGUACCAAUCGAAGCUGGCAGUGGUUGCUGGGAGCAACCAGGUUCAGACCAUCAUCUCAGACUCACUCUACAUUAUUAGCGCUGCUUCAAAUGACUUCGGCUUCAACUACUACAUCAACCCUUUGCUCUUCUUGAGAGAGAACACGGACCAGUUCGGUGAUCGCCUCAUCCACAUCUUUAACAACACCGUGACGCAACUUUAUACUUUGGGAGCACGGCGUGUCGGUGUUUUCUCGAUAGCACCGCUGGGGUGUGCUCCCUUGGCGAUCACGGUGUUUGGCCUUGGGAGAAGUGGGUGCGUGCCGAGCCUUGAUGACGACGCGCGGAGGUUUAACAGGAAGUUGGGUGCAGCUGUUGACUCACUCUCGACGCGGUACCAUGAUCUCAAGAUUGCGGUCCUGGACAUAUACACACCUUGGCACAGCCUUGCCACCUCUCCUGGGUCACAUGGGUUCAUUGAGGCGAGGCACGGAUGUUGUGGUACUGGAUUAGUGGAGUUAACAUCGUUUCUUUGCAACCCUUUCUCCAUUGGGACAUGUCCAAACGCAACGACAUACGUGCAGUGGGACGCCGUCCAUCCGUCGGAGGCGGCGAACAAAGUGAUCGCAGAUUAUCUGGCCAAGGGAAUCAACAAGCUGCUUAUGUAA